AUGAGGAGAAAGAGGCUCUCUGUCACGGGCUUCUUACUCGCCUGGAAACUGAUACUGUUACACGGUGUGGGUCAGUGUAAGGAGGUGGACAAUGGAGCGAGGACACGGCAGGCCCCGAUGUCGCCCUCGGAUUUUAUGGACAAACUGAUGGGCCGGACGUCGGGAUACGAUGCCAGGAUAAGACCGAACUUUAAAGGUCCUCCAGUGAACGUUUCCUGUAACAUUUUCAUCAACAGCUUUGGGUCCAUUGCUGAAACCACCAUGGACUACCGUGUAAAUAUCUUCCUCCGGCAGCAGUGGAACGACCCCAGACUCGCCUAUGCUGAAUACCCAGAUGAUUCUCUGGACUUGGACCCCUCUAUGUUGGACUCCAUUUGGAAACCGGACCUGUUCUUUGCCAAUGAGAAGGGGGCCCACUUUCACGAAGUCACGACCGAUAACAAACUGCUCAGGAUAUUUAAGAACGGGAAUGUUUUGUACUCUAUAAGAUUAACAUUAACUCUCUCAUGUCCCAUGGAUCUUAAGAACUUCCCUAUGGAUGUUCAGACCUGUAUCAUGCAGCUGGAGAGCUUUGGCUACACCAUGAAUGACCUGAUCUUCGAGUGGCAGGAGAAUGGAUCCGUCCAAGUGGCCGAAGGCCUCACGCUGCCGCAGUUUAUCCUAAAAGAUGAAUCAGAUCUCAGAUACUGCACCAAGCACUACAACACAGGUAAAUUUACUUGCAUUGAAGUGCGCUUCCACCUGGAGCGUCAGAUGGGCUACUACCUGAUCCAGAUGUACAUCCCUUCUCUGCUCAUCGUCAUCCUGUCCUGGGUCUCCUUCUGGAUCAACAUGGAUGCUGCCCCAGCCCGAGUGGCCCUGGGCAUCACCACCGUCCUCACAAUGACGACACAGAGUUCAGGUUCCCGCACUUCACUGCCUAAGGUCUCGUAUGUCAAGGCCAUAGACAUCUGGAUGGCGGUGUGUCUUCUCUUCGUCUUCUCCGCCCUGUUGGAGUACGCUGCCGUCAACUUCGUGUCCAGGCAACAUAAAGACCUGCUGCGUUUCAGGCGGCCUCCCAAGAGCAAGAGCAAGAUCAGUGGAGGUGCUGUUGAUCCAGAGGAGCUAGCUUAUUCCCUCCGCCGCGUUAAUGUUGACAACGGCCUCAAACCAACAGGCCCUCCUUAUGGAUCUAUGCCCAACGUCUGCACCAGCAACCACAGGCAGGGGGAAGCGCAGGAGAACAGAGCGACCUCUGCAGCGGCCGUGACCUCCACCCCGAGCAACAGCAAAGGCCCGAAGGGCGGCGCCAAAAACGCCGUCGCCGUGCCCAACACCCCGGGGGCCACAGCCAACGCUGCCAAGAAGCCCCCCGGGGAGGCCGCGGGUAAAAGCAUCGAAGAGAUGAGGAAGUUGUUUAUCGACAGAGCCAAAAGGAUUGACACCGUGUCGAGGGCGGGCUUCCCUCUGGCCUUUCUCUUCUUCAACAUCUUCUACUGGGUUCUCUACAAGAUACUUCGACGUGAAGACGUACACAUGCGAUAG